ACCGUCAGCAGUUCGAACCCAAACAUUUGUGCCGAUUAGUUGAGCGCGUAAGAUCAGCAUGAAACUCCUUUUGGUUCUCCCAUUCCUGGUGGCUGCCGUCUCGGCGCAGUUCGGAAACGGUGGUAGAUUUGGCGGUGGAUUUGGAGGUGGUCUUGGUGGUGGACUUGGAGGUGGUCUCGGUGGUGGUCUCGGUGGUGGUCUCGGAGGCCUCCAAAAUGGGCUCGCCAAUGCGGCGGGAGCUGUUCAAGGAGCUGUUGGCCGCAUUGCCAGUGUUGUUCCUCCUGUUCCCUUGCUGAACAAUGUCCAGAGCUUCGGUGACUUCGUGGCUCAAACCGGCAAGACCUAUGCUUCCGCCGCUGAGCAACAGCUGCGUGAGACUGCCUUCAGUGCCAGUAAGAGCUUGGUGGAUGCCGGAAACGCGGCCUUCGCGUCCGGAGCCUCAACAUUCAAGUUGGCUGUGAAUGCCUUCUCCGAUCUGACCCACUCUGAAUUCCUGUCCCAGCUGACUGGUCGCAAGAGGUCUUCGCAGGGAGAUGCCCAAGCUGCCGCCAGCAAACAGCCCCCAAGCGUUCCUGCUGGUGCAGUUCCCGAAUCGUUCGAUUGGCGUCAACACGGUGCCGUCACUCCUGUUAAGAAUCAAGGAACCUGCGGAUCCUGCUGGGCUUUUGCCACCACCGGAACUAUUGAGGGACACAUUGCCCGUGCCACUGGCAACCUGCCUGUUCUGUCCGAACAAAAUCUGGUCGACUGCGGACCUCAGGAGUUUGCUCUGGUUGGCUGCGACGGUGGCUACCAGGGAUAUGCCAUGGCUUUCAUUCAUGAAAACCAGAAGGGUGUGUCGAACUCUGAAAGCUAUGCCUAUCUCGAUAAGCAGGACACUUGCAAGUACAAUCCCAGCACUUCUGCAGCCCAGAUCAAGGGAUGGGCUGAAAUUCCUGUUGGAGAUGAGGAGCUUCUGAAGAAGGUGGUGGGCACUUUGGGCCCAGUAGCUUGCUCGUUGUACGGAACUGAGACUCUGCUGAAUUACGACAGCGGCAUUUACUCCGACGAACAGUGUAAUGGCGAGGAUCCAAACCAUUCCGUCUUAGUCGUGGGAUACGGAUCUGAGAAUGGUCAGGAUUACUGGAUCGUCAAGAACUCGUGGUCAGCUGCCUGGGGAGAGGAUGGAUACUUCCGGCUUGUCCGUGGCAAGAACUUCUGCAACAUUGCUGCAGAGUGUGCCUACCCAGUGGUUUAAGUUAAAAGAUCUUUUGUGAAUAAAUAAACCUCAAUCUAUGGUAAUCAAAAA